AUGUCCCGGCUAAGACUCUGGGCCCCACGGGUACUUCUCACGUGGCUACUGCUGUGGCCACUGGUCAUGGCAGCUCAGCCUUCGGAGUUACCCUGGAUCCUCAAAAGGUCCAAGCUCUGCCUGCACAGCAGGCAGAUCGAAACUUCUUCAGUCCAGAAGGAGGACCCACCUCAGCCUCAAAAGCCUUUUGGAGCUGACCCUUCUCCAACCUGGGAGGAAGCCCUGAUUCAGCUUUCAGAGGGUCCUGAUGAGGAAGCCCAAGUUCAGCCUUUUGAGCACUUUGAGGAGGUUAAACCCACUUCAAUCCAGCAAGAGGCCCCAGCUCAGCCUGCACAGCCCCUAAAGAUUCAACCCACUUCAAUCCAGCAGGAGGCCCCAGCUCACUGGAGGACCCAGCUCAUCCUGCACAGCAACCUUAAAGAGUUCGAGCCUUCUGCAGUCCAGCAGGAAGCCCCACCUCAGCCUCAAGAGCCUUUUGGAGCUGAAUCUUCUUCAUCCCUGCAAGAAGCACAAGUUCAGCAUUCAGAGCACCUUGAGGAGGUUAAACCCACUUCAAUCCAGCAAGAGGCCCCAGCUAAGCCUCCACAGCCCCCUAAAAAGUUCAAACAUUCUUCAGUCCAGCAGGAGGCUGCAACUCAGCCUCAAAAGCUUUUCAGAGCAGAACCUUCUCAAACCAGGGAGAAAUCCAAAAUUCAGCAUUCAGAGCACCUUGAGGAAUCUGAUAGGAGGCCCCACUUCAGCCUCCAGAACCUUUUGGGCCUGACGCUGCUCCAACCCAGGAGGAAGCAUCAGCUCAGUCUCCAGAGCCUCCUAAUGAGGCAGAAUCAUCUCCACCCAGCAGAAGUCCCCAGCUCAGUUUUCAGGGGAGGUAGAACCUUUGGCAACUCAGCAGGAACCAUAGCUCAGCCUCCAGAGUAUGAGGAAGUGACAGUUCCAACUCCAGAUCCAUCUCCAGAGCCCUCUACAGGCCCAGGUGAAGCUCAGCACCCAUCGCCUACUAUCACAGCAAAAGCUGUGGACCUGGGCCUUUUCAUAACCCCCAUCCCACUGACGAGGUGGUCUAGGCUCAGACUUCAGAGCCCCCUGAGAAGGAAGAACCAUCUCCAGUCCUACAGGAGGCCCCACAACAUCCAUAAUGAAGGGACACUUUCAGCAUCAGGACAGGAUCAAGUUCAGCAUUCAAAUGUGCCCACUUUCACAGUUCAGCCUUUGGACAUGGGGCUUACCAAAACUUCAGAACCCGCUGCAGAGCUUGAACAUUCUACAGCCCUGACCAAGACUGCAGCUCCUCCAAAGCACCCUCACAUGACACUUCCAAAUCCUGAGCAGGCUCAGAGCCAGUAUCCAAACCUGACUGAAGUCACAAUUCAACCUUUGGACCUGCAACUUACUGUCACUGCAGGAUCCAAUGUGAAGGCUAAAACUUCUCCAACCAUGCAAAACACCCCAACUCAGCCUCCGGACCUGGGCCUUACUGUAACUGCAGAACCUACUAUGGAGGCUAAGCCUUCUACAGCCCUGACCAAGACUACAGCUUCUUCUCCUAGGCACCUUGAGGUGAGACUUCUGCAUCCAGAGCAGGUUCAGGGACAGCAUCCAUACCCAACUGAAGUUACAAUUCAACCUGUACACCUGGAAGUUACCGUAACUCAGCAACCAGAGUCACCUGAGACCCUUCUUCCAACAACUAAACAGGGUGCCUCCAGAAACAUCGACAUAUGUAAGCUGUGUACCUGCAAAGAUGGGAUGCUGUCAUGUACAGGUCUCAGCCCAGAGCAAAGGCUCCACAGAGUGCCUGUGCUAGAGUCCCCCACCUACAAUGGCACCUUCACCAUUGUGAAUCUCCAAGGAAACUCUGUUUCUUACAUUGAUGAAAAUAUAUGGAAGUCAUACCGUUGGGUUGAGAAACUAAAUCUCGGGUGCAAUUCAAUCACAGAACUCAGCUUUGGAACAUUUCGGGCCUGGCAUGGAAUGCAGUUUUUACACAAAGUAAUUCUCGAUCGUAAUCCUCUGACAACUAUUGAAGAUUUGUAGCUGUUAAAAUUGCCAGCACUGAGAUAUUUAGACAUGGGGAGAACACAAGUGUCACUUACAACAGUUGAGAGCAUCCUCAUGAUGUCCUUUCAACUGGAAAAACUGAUCUUACCCAGCUGUACGACCCGCUGCCUCUGCCAAUUUAAAAGUGAUAUUGAGGUUGUCUGCAAGACAGUGAAACUGCAUUGUGACACUGAAUGUCUGACAGACAUCACACGUUGAGGUGAAGAAGUAUCUAUAGGGAAUGCAGAAGGCUCGUUCAUGAAGGUAUUACAAGCCCGGAAGAAGAACACGAGCACUGAGCUGACUAUUGAGCCAGGGAAGCCAUCCUCAGACACAAAUGGCGUUAAUUUGUCAGCCUUCAUGAAUGACCCACUAGACUUCAGUGAUGAAAGUGAUAUUAUUAGUGCACUAAAUUACAUAUUGCCUUAUUUCUCGAAGGGAAAUCUAGGAGAUGUACAAUCAGCAUUAUUAACACUCAUUAAACUCCUUUAUACAAACAACAGCCACGCAAAGAUUCAGAGUGUCAAGAAAAGGCUGCUGAGAGUGAACAGGAUCCUCAAGGGCCCUAAGGGCAUCUGGAAAAGGUACUUCAAAGAACUGGCCACUCAGAGCAUCGGGAGGAAACAGAAUGCCCAGCCAAAUGUGAACACUGUCAAAGAAAGAAGACUCAGGAGGCCACCCCCAAGGGAGCUGAAACAGCUUCACAUGGUACACAGGCCCAGGAAAUUAGUGGAAAACUCCUUCAAUACAGAGCCGUCCUUCACGAAGGACCACGAGGCAGCAGUGUCUUCUACCCUGAAAGGAUACUUGAUGGGCAGGCUUCCUGCCUCCAGUGCUUCAAAAUCCCUCUCUGAGGUUAAAAAGUCAAAAGACUUCAGCGAUACUACUUUUAUUUUUGAAGAUGCAAAUGGUAGAGUUAGAAAUAUGGAGGCUUCUAAACCCAUCUCACAUUCCAGAAAGAAACACCUCUUUCAUAAAAAUCGUUUUCAUGUGAUCCACAAAAAAACCCAGGUCAAAAUGAGUCGGGAGUUCGGAAAGGAAGAUUUACUCAACAGCCCGAUGCUUGCAAAGAGGCCUCCGAUAUCUGCAGUGAGGAGCCUCAUAAACUCCCCUGCAUGAGAGGCUGUUUCAUCUUCAGGAGAAUUGACAUCUCAGGAAAAUCCUCUUCCAGAGUCAUUUUCUCAUUUGGAAACUUCUAAAGAAACGAGUAAUGCACCAACUCUUUUUGAAGAAAAUAUUUCUACAGGGAACCCUACUGUACCAGAAAAAACUACCCCUGAAAUCCCUGCCCGUGAGAAUGUUUCCACAGCAUGUUCUGCUCUUACUGCACGCAACUUUAUGCCAAGCCAACAGUUAACAUCUCCAACUCCACACUUCAUUUCCCCAUUGUUCUCAUCCCCGGGUGAUCAAUUUGAAAAUCAGCGCCAGCAGCUACAGUCCCUCAUCCCCAACCACGAUGUGAGAAAGCUCAUUGCGCAUGUCAUCCGGACUUUGAAAAUGGACUUCUCUGAGGCCAGCGUGCAGCUGCCCUGUGCCAGGCUCAUCUCCAGAACAGGCCUCCUGAUGAAGCUUCUCAGUGAACAGCAAGAAGCAAAGGCGUCCAAAGCAGAGUGGAAAAAUGAGAACAUCAGCGAGAGCACAGAGGCCUAGAGUGAACGUAAGUGGCAGGAGCCAUGAGAGUGCGCAAAAGUUCCAGGAUAUGGCUCUCACAAUGAACUCAUCUUGGCAAUGUCUGUGACUGUGGUAGUGAUGAUUUUGAUUAUAACUUUCUGUGUUAUUGAGAUUCAUUCUGAUAAAACAGCACCAGAGGAAGGAAAAGAAGGAAGCUCAAGGGACUUCUUUCGGCUUCUGUGUAAGAGACCCUCAUCGGAACCUGAGAGCCAGAUGAGCUCUUUCUGGAGAAGGCGGCUGCUUUGGCUUCGGGAUAUGGGUAGACUUCUCAGUGCCACACGCAAGGAAAACAUGACAUAG